AUGAACAAUCGCAAUCGAGCAGCUCAACCUCCAACUGAAGAUAUAUCCAGCCCAUACUUCCUUCAUCCGAGUGAUAAUCCAGGGAUUACACUCGUUCCACAACAGCUUAAUGGAUCUAACUAUGCUACGUGGAGCCGCUCCUUCACCACUGCCCUCCUCGCUAAGAACAAGCUUGUAUUUGUUGAUGGAUCCAUCCUCCGUCCACCUCGUGAAGAUCUUCUCUAUCAUCAAUGGAUUCGAUGUAAUAGCAUGGUGAUCUCUUGGAUUCGCAAUUUCGUUUCUUCACAGAUAUGCUCAAGUAUCAUGUAUCUCGAUGAUGCAUACACAAUCUGGUUUGAUCUGAAAGAGAGGUUCUCAACUGCUGAUUCAACUCGAGUUUACCAACUCAAACAACAAUUCAUGUCUCUUUCUCAAGGAUAA